AUGAUAUUCACCAUCUACAAAGUGCACAAGGCGUCCAAAAAGAAGCGGGAAAAAUCGUCAGCGAAAAAGGAACGCAAGGCAACCAAAACGCUGGCCAUCGUGUUGGGUGUCUUCCUGAUCUGCUGGGUGCCAUUCUUCACCUGCAACAUCAUGGACGCGAUGUGCACCAAGCUGGACAUGACCUGCCAGCCGGGCGUGACGGCCUUCAUCCUGACGACCUGGCUCGGGUACAUGAACAGCUUCGUCAAUCCGGUCAUCUACACCAUCUUCAAUCCGGAGUUCCGGAAGGCGUUCAAGAAGAUCAUGCACAUCGAGUGAGUGGGACGGAUUCGGCCGGGUCGGGCAGGUCUGGCUCUGGGAGAUCUGUCCUCCGGUGAGAUGGUCACAAGAGGUGGCGUCGAGACGACCGGAAGUGGGGGUGGUGGCGGCGUCUCCUUCGGUCCACGGACGCUUGGCAACUGGCGGCACCGGACUAUUCACUAGUUAGUAGCCAGUCGACGUUCCUGUAUAGUAUAGCUCUAGAAAGAUAAAAAGGAGAAGACGGACCUAAAGUACAUACAUACAAAAAAAAAGACACACACGCUCACAAAAAAGAACGGUACCAGUUGAGUUCAGUUUAGCUGAAAUAAACAAUUUUUUUCUCUGCUCCUUUCCAGGUUGUUGCAUUCUGGCAGCUUCUGCUGCCAGGAAAAAAAGCUGGUCUUGCAGCAAUUCUUCCCUCAAAUUGCUGUUAUUUUUCUCCUCCGAAGUUCUGUUUCGGAUUGUGCCCGGAUGCAUCCAAGUGGUAUUUGUUCGGGUGGUUUCUGGUUUCUUUCCUGGAUCAUUUUUUAGAGCUAUUUUUUAAAUUUUUUUUCCUUCUCUUGUUUUGUGCUGCUGAUGCUCAACUUCAUAAAUUUGUUUGAUAUUGCAACAGAUAGACUUCCACAGUUUUCAGUUUUCAGCUAACGAAUCUGCUGCUUCUGUUUCGGAUAAGCGUCAUCAUUAGGAAGAUGUACAAAGUGGAUCAAAAUUUCGGAAGCAAAUUAUGGCGGAUUCGUUUACUAAAUCAAGACGAGAAAUUAACAUAGCAAAGAGGAUUUAGAAACAUGAAUCAGAGAGAUCAAGCAUUUAAAACCGAAUUUAUCAAAUUUCAGAAGACUUAUUCUCAAUCUAAAACAAGAUAAUUUGAAUCAGUUGCCAAUGCCAGUCGAAACAAAAAAAUAACAGGAUUCACUGUAAUUUCUGUUUUUUUUUUCAACAGGUUUUAAAAGUUUAUUCCGAUUUCGAUAAAAUUUCCAAAAAUUUUUAAAGCAGGUAUGAGCAAACUUUGCAAAUGGCCUUAGAGCGUUUUUCUAAUACAAUAUAUGAUAGAUUAACUCAACUCAAUUUUUUUAAAUAAGAGUGCUGUUUUCCAGAAAAAGUAUUUUCUAAGAA